AUGAGGGAGAAAGCAGCUGGAUUCGGUUGGAGCUUGCCUGUGACUUUAAGGCUGCUUUUGCAAGAUUUGCAUGUCUCUUCUCAUUUGCUGGUAGAAGUCUUGAGCUUGCAUCGGAUUGGUUCCAGUUCUGGCGUUUCACUUCCCCUUUCCCUGCUUAGUUUCCCUCCCUGUUUCAGUCAGAUCAUGAGACUUCUGGUGUCUUUAGCAAACCACAAAUUAGAACCUCUUGAAGGUUUUACAGUAGCCAUGAGGUUCUGUGAGGUGCUGCUCCUCUUUGGUCUGCUCAGACUAACUUCAGGCCUGCCUGUUGCCUCGCCUUUCAGCCAGGCGCCGUUUCUCACUGUGUGGAACGCCCCCACAGAGAACUGCCUCUCCCAGUAUGGCGUGGAUCUUGACCUGGGGAUGUUUAGCAUCGUCCAGAACCAAAAUGAAACCUUCAUGGGUGAAAACGUCACAAUUUUCUAUGCUGACAAGCUGGGUCUGUACCCUCGGUACUCAGCCCAGGGCGAGGCCAUCAACGGCGGGGUUCCUCAGAACAGCAGCCUAGACAGACACCUUCUACUCGCCAGUGAAGAUAUCCGCUACUACAUCCCUGACAGAGACUUCCAGGGCCUGGCGGUGGUGGACUGGGAAAGCUGGCGGCCGGUGUGGGAGAGAAAUUGGGACAGUAAACAAGUGUACAAGGAGGGGUCAAAAGCCCUGGUGAGGGCCAGGCAUCCAGACUGGAGUCCUGCUCAGGUGGAGGCAGCGGCUCGGCUGGAGUUUGAGCAAUCUGGGAGGAAAUUCAUAGAGGAAACACAGAAACUGGGGCAGAAAAUGAGGCCAGGUGGCUUGUGGGGGUUUUAUGGAUUUCCCAAUUGCUACAACUAUUACAACGACAGGAGCGUAAACUACACAGGUGAGUGUCCAGAUGUGGAGCUGAGGAGGAACGAUGAGCUGUUCUGGAUGUGGAACGCCUCCUCCGCUCUGUACCCGGAUAUCUACCUGAACCUGGACCUGCGAGGCCUUGGCAAAGAGGUGCUGCUCUACGCCCAUCACCGCAUCCUUGAGGCCAUGAGGGCGGCAGAUCAGGUGACCCCGUGGCAGCUGCCCGUCUUCCCCUACGCCCGCAUCGUCUACACCUACACAUUAGAGUUCCUCUCCAAGAAGCAUCUGGUCUACACUGUAGGAGAGAGCGCUGCUUUAGGAUCUGCUGGGGUCGUGCUGUGGGGGGACCAUGCAUUUGACAAAUCUAAGGCUACAUGUGAAGCAGUUAAGUCCUACAUCGAUGAGACGUUAGGUCCCUACGUGGUCAACGUGACCUCAGCUGCGAUGCUCUGCAGCCAGACUUUGUGCUCCUCUCAGGGACGGUGUCAGAGGUCGGACCUGAAGUCAGGCGCCUACCUCCACCUCGACCCCGCAGCCUGGAAGAUCCUUUCUGAGAAGAAACCAGCAGGAGGGACAAACUACAGGGUUUUAGGGCAGAUGGAUGUACAAAGUGCGCUGCAGAUGAAGUCUGACUUUCACUGCAGGUGUUACCCGGGGUGGAAAGGGAAGGACUGCUCCAUGCCGGUUUAGAGAUUACAAUAGUUUUAAAUAAUCAGAGGGGAAGUGCAAGUCAGUCUUUCUGAGUGGAGUUUGCUUGUUGUUUAUUGUGUCAUCACAACAAGCAAGUUCUUCCCAGAACCCAAAGAUGUGCCUUUUAGCAGUACUGGAAACUCUAAUUUUAAGUGUCAGUGUCUGUCGUUCUGAGGUGGAGUUGCAAUUCCUAAUCAGGACCAAAUGGGUUUUGAAGAUUGAUGAAUGGACUGAGUUGAUUGAUUCUUGCUCAUUUCAAAACAGGUAUAUUUUUUUAAAUCAUUACUUACUUUUUUUGUAUCUGUGUUUUGAUUUUAUUGUCAGUAUGCACUAAUAUGUGCAUGUGUGUUUUUUUUAAUUUUACAUAAACCACUGAUGUUUUGG